GUUCACUCGAGAAGGGUGUUCACUAAAACGGGUUAACUACACUUUUAUCAAACAUUCAAGUAUUUUAUUACAUAUUUUUACUGUUUAUUCAUGAACACUGACUUAGCCACAUGUACCACAAUAAGUUCUGUGGAAAUUAAGUUUAAUUUUACAGUUGUGUAUAGACAAAGGAGAUAGUUUGGAGUGUAAUAAUUAUCGUGUCAAAAUGCUGUUUUACAUUGGCAUAUAUUUUGGAUUACUGUCUGUUGAUGCUGUAUAUGGAAUUGAUUAUGAAAAGAAUCUUGGUGAUCUAAACAUUGAGGAUGAGGACCAUAUACAGGAACAUUUAAAGGGAAAAGCAAAGAUCGACUACAGAAAUAUGUCUGAAAAAGAAAAAGCAUUUUAUUUCUUCAAGAACCAUGACUUAGACGACGAUAACAAGCUGGAUGGCUUGGAAGUAUUCUCUGCAUUUGCCCAUACAAUGCCUAACCUGGAAUUCCCAACGAGAUGGAAGGGGCAAACUGAGGAAGACAUGAUUCAAGAAAAACGAGAGGUUAGCGAGAGGCGGACAAACAAUCUAGCUAGACAAGUGGACAGAUUGCUUGAAAAGGGAGAUCAAGAUGAUGAUGGAUACCUUACUUACUCAGAAUAUUCUGUAUUAUAUUUAGCCAAAAUAGCUGGAAAAUUAAAUCUUGUAUAAGUAUAGAGAUUGCUACGUUGAUCA